AUGGCCGGUGCGAACAAUGAUAUCGUUGUUUUACAAUCUUCGAGUCUUUUCGACGAUGUCAUAGAUGGUGUUGCACUAAAUACUUUAUUCUAUGCAAAUGAUGUGGAGUAUAAGUAUGGGUAUUAUCUUGUCGACGAUAUUUAUCUGGAAUGGGCUACGUUGGUGAAAACUCUUUUGUGUCCAGAUGACGAAAAAAGAUUGUAUUACAAGAAAAAACAUGAGUCGGCAAGAAAAGAUGUCGAGCGGGCUUUUGGUUUAUUAAAAAAGAGAUGGUCUAUCAUUGGCCAACCGUCGAGGAUACUUGAAAAGAGUAAAAUGAGAAACGUCAUGUAUACGUGCAUCAUCUUGCAUAACAUGAUAUUGGAGGAUUCGGGCAAAGCCUUUUGGGCAGAAAGUUAUGAUGAAGGUCAAUAUAAUAAUAAAUAUAAUAGUGAAUUAAGAUCAAAUACAAAGACUCCUUAA